UAUACACCUUUAUCUCAAAUACCAGCUGGAACAGCAAGACGUGAUGCUCAAAGAUUAACUAAAACUGAAAAAGGGAAAUUACCAAGAGUGACUGCUUAUUGUACUGCUGCUUCUUACAACCUUCCAGCUAUUCAAACAUACCUACAAGCUAGACCUAGUUCAUAUCGUACCCAUCCAAGAAUGUUCGAUACUGAAUGUCUUCAUACACCUUAUCUUCCACCUCCAACAUCUUCAAAUUUACAUCGAUCCCCAGCUCUUAAACCAUCAACCACUACUGUCAUUCCUGAAGGCGAUCUUCUGAAUUUAGGAAGUAACCUAAACAACGGUAUAGAACAAAAGAAGAAAGAUAAACCUUUAGAAAAUAAAAGACAUACGGAUGAUGAUUUUGAAGAAGAAGAAUGGGUUCCGGAUGUUUUCAUGUUUGAAUAUGGGACUGUUGUGAUUUGGGGAAUGACGGAGAAAGAGGAGAAAAAGUUUUUGAGUAGUUUAAAACGUUUCGAGAUCGAACGACUUUCCUCGGAAGAUGUGGAAAUGGAAGAUCUCAAUUUUUAUUAUGCCGACUAUUCCAGAAUUUAUAAUGAUGUAAUCACACUUCGUAAAGGGUCUUCUUACAUGACUAAAUUAUCUCUAUCACACGCUCUCUCACAAUCUGUCAAAAUCUCUUUAUUUGAAGAGUUGAUAAGCUCCACCAUUGAACAAACUAAAGAUAUCCCAAAGAGUUUAUCGGACACGGGAAAGAUCGGGUUACCAAGAAGUGAAAUAAUGAAACAAAUUGGUAAUUUGUUCAUUUUACGAAUCAACAUUAAUCUAGUUGGCUCUAUCUUGGAUUCUCCUGUUAAGCUGAUGAUCAGGUCAUUCCCAGAUCUGGAACCGUUAUACAACGCCGCGAGAUCGUACUUGGAGAUCAGUCAGAGGAUUGAUCUACUCAAUGCGAGAGUUGAUGUGUUACAAGAUAUGUUGAGAUUGUUGAAAGAAAGUGUCAAUAGUUCUCAUGGUGAGAGAUUAGAAGCAAUUGUCAUCAUCCUCAUAGGUGUGGAGAUCGUUUUGGGUAUAGUGACGAUAUUGGUCGAUUUGAGUGGGUCGUAA